CCCUAGGAUACGUGCGGUGUUGGUGGUGGUGUUAGCUCUUUUCACCAGGAAACGGUUUGGGAUGCCUAGAUACCUCAGUAAACACCAGCAACUUUAUUUGCAUAGUACGGUACAUGUUUGCAUCGCGAGCGGUACAUAAUACCGUCGUAUUACAAAAAAAAACUCUUUAAAUUAGGGUUUAUACAGUUUGAAACCACUGUUAAUUGGUUCCACCAUGCCGAUUAAAUCGAAAUCUGCUAAAAACUUUGUCAAAACUCAAGCCCGAACGAACUACAUCAAUGAUUUGCCCACAAAACAGCAUCGUCCGGGAGUUUACAAUCGGCACCAGUAAGUCUUCCUCACAGAAAGUGUGCUCUUUUCACGGAGCUAAUAUUGCCUUCGAUUUCCUUCCCAGCCCUCAAGAAUGCGACCUGAUGCUUCGAUGGAGACCCAUUCAUCUUCAACGCGAUGACCCUUAUGAAGGCAAAAAUGUAGUCCGGAUCAUGAACAAGGAUAAUAUUCGUAAGCUACUCAUUCCUAGCAAGGAAUCAUCCGUGUAUCCGGCAUUUUGGUCCAGAGAGGACUACGAAAAGAUGCAGGACAAAGCAAAGCUGAAGACCCUUGAAGAUCGUUUGGCUCAGUUUAAAGCAAACGAAGUGGAGAAGAAGAAUAUGCUCGAAGAGUCGGAAAGACGCAAGAAACGCUUGCAAGAAAUCGAUCGGGAACGGCAACAGAAAGGUGGCAAAGUUGGCAACAUCCUUGAGGAUGGACAUGGUGACCGGGACUCCGAUACCAGUCCCAGAAAAAUAAUCGAUCGCGCAUUCCUGGCUAAACAAGAGCAAGAGGAGGAAGUCAAGCGAGCUAAUCGCAUCAUUUUAGCUGCCAAAUGUCACAUUAUUAGGGAUGCUCAGAUAGCGGAAAAGCAGGAAAUCGAGCGUGAACUACGCACGGAAGAACUGCGACUAGAGAAAAUGAUGCUUCAGGAGAAUGAAAAAGCACUCAAAGAGGAGGAAAAGAAACGAGAAGUCAACAAAGUGCUAACCACCCAGCAUUCGGAGGAGAUACGCAAUCAAUUGCUCGAACGGGAAAAAAUGCGUCUCAAGGAAGCGGAACGUAUCGAGGAAGAGGCCCGAGUUCUGAAGCAGGCUCAAAUGGCAAUAGCCGAAGAGGAAAAACGAAAAGAAAAAGAGCGCCACGAUCGCAUCAACCAGGUACGGGACGGGUUGAAGAAAGCGUAUGAGCUAUCCGCGCACUACAAGCAGGUCGAGUUUGAGGAACAACGCAUUGCCGAGCUCAAAAUUCAAGAGUAUAUGCGCCAGCGGAUGGAACGCCAGAAAAAGCUUGAAUUUGAGCGCAAAAUUGCUGCCGAGGUGCGGGAAAAGGAGCAUGACCGAAUGCUCAAGAUUCAGCAAAAACUACUCGAUACCAAAACGGAGAAAAACGAUAUGGACUUGCGCCGGGGACAAGAACACAUAGAACGAGAAUUCCGGCGCCGCGAGAAGGAAGCUGCCAUCAAAAAGAAGGAACUCGAGCAACAGCUAGCCGUGGCACGAGCCGCCCAAUUAGAGGCCGUGAAAACGGAGCGCGCUAUGCAGCUGGCGCGCGAUGAGCUGGAGCACAAGAAAGCAAUUGAAAAGCUUAAAAUUGAGGAAGCCAAGGAGAUGGAGCAAAAGCGCAAACAGCUCAAGCUACGCGAAAGGUAUCGUGAAGAGAUUAUCCAACAAAUGAAUCUGAAAGAGCAGGAGCGCCGGGAAAAGGAACGUAUUGCUAGAAAUGAACAGCAAGCCUUACUGGAGGCAGAGAAGAAACGUGAUAAGAACAUCAAAUCCAUAAUUUCUAACAAAAUCAAGAUGAUGAAGGAAAGCCAGGUCCCGGAGCGAUUCAUCAAGGAUGUCGAGCGACAACUUAAUCUCGGAAAAUGAGCAAACGCUUGAUGAAAAUACGCUAAUAAGUCUUGUGUGUAUGUCCUGUCAUUGAAUUUAUACCUCUAUACAAUAAAUUUGUGUGUAAUGGCUUUUUCGAUAACUGCCAACUAACCUUUAUAAAUUAUUUUAACAUUGUUC